AUGGAACAAUUCAUCACACGACUUAAGAUACUUGCAAAUGACUGUUCUUAUGGCGAAGCCUACAAGGAAGAUUUGAUUAGAGAUCGAAUCGUGUUCGGUGUAAAGUCGUCCAAAAUUAGAGAGAAGCUUUUGACAGUAGGUGAGAAACUAACAUUGGCGAAAGCUGUUGACAUAUGUCAAACUGUAGAAUAUGCACAAGAGCAAAUGAAUAACAUGCAAGAAUCGUCUUCUAUUAACUUUGUACGGAAAACUACUCACAAAAAAGAGGAAUCGAGAAAACGAGAUAUAAAGUGCAAAGGCGGGUCGCGGAAAUCAACGGAAAACAAGCCAGAUGUCGCGCACAAAUCGUGCCAAAACUGUGGUCAAUUCCAUGGGGACAAACAGUGUAAGGCGAAGGGAGUGCAAUGCCGAAACUGUAAAAAAUGGAAUCACUACGCGAGGGUGUGCAGGAGUAAACGUGUCAAUGAAGUGAGGGCUGAUGAUUCAUCUGAGGAUAUUUACAUUGAUACAGUAAUUAGUGCUGUGGACAAGAUGUGCAAUCAGGCAUUUGUGGAUAUUAAAACUGGACCUCUUGGGAAACAAAUUUCUUUCAAGAUAGACACUGGCGCACAGGUGAAUAUUUUACCUCAUUUUGCAUUGCAACAAUUAGGUGUAAAAACCGCACUCUGUUCCUCUGUAACGAAGCUCACAGGUUAUAAUGGCAACCCUUUAGUAUGUCUAGGUUCCAUUACCUGCAGUGUACCCAUGAACCUUCUGCACAGACCAAGGCAAUGUUCUAUUUAUCUGAAACAUGAUGCUAAACCUGUGGUUCAUCCUCCACGUAGGAUUCCUGUUGCAUUACGAGAUAAAUGCAAGAAGGAGCUAGAUAAGAUGGAGAAAUUGGGGGUCAUUACAAAAGUAAGUGAGCCUACUGAGUGGGUCAAUUCAAUGGUGACAGUACAGAAAAAAUCAGGUGACUUGCGAAUAGUACUUGAUCCGGGUGACUUGAACAGAAACAUUCAACGUCCUUAUCAUCCGACGAAAACACUGGAUGACAUACUUCCCCAGCUAAACGGCGCUACAUUUUUUACAAAAUUAGACGCUAGGUCAGGUUACUGGGCCAUGCAUUUGACAGAGAAGUCUUCCAUGUUGACUACAUUCAAUACCAUAUUUGGGAGGUACAGGUAUCUGAGGCUUCCAAUGGGUAUUUCGUCUGCCAUGGAUCUGUUCCAAAAGAAAAUAGACGAAAUAUUUGAGGGUCUCCCAGGGGUAGCUGCAAUAGUAGACGAUAUUUUAGUAUAUGGCAAAACAAGGGAGGAGCAUGAUGCGAAUUUGAGAGCAGUGCUCCAAAGGUCACUAGAACAAGGUAUACGCCUUAAUCCAGAUAAGCUGGAGGUUGGGCAGUCCCAGAUUAGAUAUUUCGGUCAUGUGAUAUCUAAACAAGGUCUUAGCCCAGAUCCAGACAAGGUGUCUGCAAUUCGAGAAAUGCCUAUCCGGAAAAUAGGUCACAACUCGAAACGGUACUUGGCAUGA